AAUGCAGAGUAGUAGUAGGCCAGGCUACAGUAAACAGACGGAGUAGGAGUGGGCAUAAUACUCCAUCCAGCAAGCAGCAUAGGCUGGCUAUAAGGACCAGUGCAGGCGUCACUCGCCGCAUGUGCCAGUCUGUGUGUGCUCGCAGACGUGGGAAAAGGUUGAUUUAUAGAAAUUACACAUGUUCAAAUGAGCUCGCUUUUUCUGAACGCACGCGCGUUGGAUGCUUCACUAUAUGGAAACGAUGAGAAGGAAAAUAGUAAUGUGGCUAUAAUAAAUGAAUAACCUGCUCGUUUUAGUGGGGGUGAUUUUAAGCAAGCAAAACAAGAGACCUGCCUAGUAAUGGAGAACGAGGCUGCGGAGCUGCUACAGCAGCAGCAGAGCUACGAGGACGUUCGGAAAAGCGGGUAUCUCCGCAAGCAGAAAUCUAUGCACCGGCGAUUCUUCGUUUUGAGAGAAGCCACGGAACAGGGCCCUGCCCGUCUAGAAUAUUAUGAGAAUGAGAAGAAAUUCCAAAGCAAGUCACCUGUCCCGAAAAAAGCGCUGGAUCUGGAGACUUGCUUCAACAUCAACAAGCGGGCGGAUUCCAAGAACAAGCACAUGAUAGUGAUGUAUACCCGCGGGGAGAGCUUUGCCAUUGCAGCAGACAGUGAGGAGGUCCAGAAUGAAUGGUACCAGGCCAUGCUGGACCUUCAGUGGAAAUGUAAAAGCCCAGAGAAUUGUGGCAGUGGUGGGGAGUGUGGACUCCCCUCUCCUCCAGGCCCAGCUUUUAAGGAGGUGUGGCAGGUCAAGGUGUGGCCUAAAGGGCUUGGCCAGGCCAGAAACCUAGUGGGCAUCUACCGGCUGUGCCUGACCGACAAGACGGUUAACUUCGUCAAGCUCAACUCUGACAUGGCCACCGUGGUCCUACAGCUGAUGAAUGUGCGUCGCUGCGGCCACUCUGAGAACUUCUUCUUCAUCGAAGUGGGCCGCUCGGCCAUGACGGGGCCUGGGGAGUUCUGGAUGCAGGUGGAGGACUCGGUGGUGGCCCAGAACAUGCAUGAGACCCUGCUGGAGGCCAUGAAGGCUCUGAGCGAGGAGUUCCGCCAGCGCAGUAAGUCCCAGUCUGUGGGAGCUACAGCUGGAGGUGGCACCGCCUCCAACCCCAUCAGUGUCCCCACCCGCCGCCACCACCCCAACCUACCCCCCAGCCAGGUGGGCUUCAGCAGACGAUCCCGGACCGAGACCCCUGGAGCAGGUGGGGCCAGCUGCACCAGCACUUCACCCACACCACGCAACGGAUUCCCCAGGGCGCGUACAGCCAGCAUCGGGGGAAGGAUGGAGGAGGGCGGAGGUGGACCCAGGGGGGCAUGGGCAAGUUCCAGUCCCAGCCUGAAUGGAUCCUGUUCCACUACACCCACCCUGAGACCCAAGCCCACCAGAGCUCCAACCCCAGCUAAGAUCACUCUCAGCCUGGCCCGCUACACCCCCAACCCAGCCCCCUCCCCAGCCCCAAGCCUCUCCUCCAGCUCUGGUCAUGGCUCAGAGUGUGGACUAGUUGGAGGGGCAAUGGGAAAUGUAGCCAUUUGCUCUUACACCCGUGUCCCUCAAAGAGUCUCUGUGUCGGGCUCCCCUAGUGACUAUGGCUCCUCAGACGAGUAUGGCUCCAGCCCUGGAGAGCACUCCCUGCUUGUCCCCAGUCUGCCAGGAGGGUCCCAUGGGGGGAUGGGACACCAUGCUCAUGGAGAGAGCUCUUCCAGCUACAUAGUGAUGGGCCAGAGAGAGAGCCUCCCUGGGUCCCAUCAGCGUCCUCAGGGCCGCAGGAUGCUGCGGCGCUCCUCCAGCAGGGAGUGUGAGGCAGAGCGCAGACUCCUCAGCAAGAGGGCCUCCCUGCCCCUGGCUGCGCACGAACGCCUGGCCCCUCGUAGGAAGGAGGAAGAGGAUGAGGACGAAGAGUACACUGUCAUGUCGCAGAGUAUUAGCAGGGAUGCCUUUGUGUCACAACGUGGAUCAGGGGGCUCGGCAGCAGGGGGCUCGGCAGUGGCAGUCGUGGUUGGGGAGACCCGGGUGAGGGCUGAUGGGGUCCGAGGAGAGGUGGGAGGAGGAGGGGCACCAGUGGACAGUGGCUACAUGGCCAUGUUACCCGGAGUGACAGCUUUUCCUGUUUCCCUCUCUCUAUCUGUGGCCGUGUCUGACGUCUGUGCCAAACCUGGGGCUGAUGAUGAGUACAUGGCCAUGACUCCCAACAAUAGUGUGUCUCCCCCCCAGCACAUCUGCCUGCCUGUCUCAGAGGGCUACAUGGUCAUGUCCCCCAAUAGCAGCUGCUCCCCAGACUUGCAUGGAAUGGCCAUGUGGGGGAGCAGGGGCAGCAUGGAGAGCCGAGCUGGCAGUGACUACAUGAACAUGUCUCCUAUCAGCAUCCGCUCAGCUUGCAGCACACCCCCCUCCCAACCUGAACAGAACCAGUUACAACCCAAGAUGGUCUACUCCUACUUCUCUCUGCCACGAUCCUACAAACACACACUCUCUACACGCUUCGAAGAUGACUUAGAUCAAGGGAAAAGAAAGGAGGGGGGUCAUCACGACCAUGACGGUCCUGGAAAUCGGGGUGGACAAGUGGGCUGCAGCAAGAGGGACACAGCCACAGUUGGCCCUGCAGGAGGCUGUCAACUCUCCCUCUCCUCUUCCUCCUUCUCUUCCAGCUCAGCUAGCAGUGAGAGCCUGGAUGAUAGGCCCAAAUCAGUGGCAACAGGGGGAGGGCUACGACUAACAAGAACAGGGACAGGGUUCAGGAAUGGCGGGUUCAGGAAUGGGGGAGCACGCUUAAAGGACGGAUCCUACCAGCAAAAACGUGCAUCGCAUGGCCCAGGGGGACAGCAGAUGAAGCCUCGUCCCCUCAGUGUUUCGGUGGACAUGUCUAAAGCUAACACUUUGCCAAGGGUUAAGGAGAAUCUCCUUCCCACAGUGCCUCAGAGCCCUGGGGAUUAUGUCAGCAUAGUGUUCAGGGGUGGUGACAUGGGGUGCAGGAGAAGAGACCAGUGGGGGCCAGAGCAUGGACUGUCAGUGACCCAUGGAACCCAGAGGCCCCUGGACCGUCCAGCCCUCUGCCACAGUGGCUCCACCAACCUCCCCCGCAGCUUCUCUGUACCUCUGGCCACCUCCGCUGCCUCUGCUGAGUACGUCAACAUGGACUUGGGGAUGGGGAACUCCCCUUGCCCAUGCCCCCAGAGCCCUGUUAAAUCACCUUUCAGCCUGCCCCCAGCCAUCGCCCCGAAGCCCAGAGUUUUGGCCCGUAGUAGGCCCUCUCCUAGGGCAGCAGAGGGCAAUGUAGGUGGGCAUAGGGCGGCAGUGCCAACAGACUUACCCACAUCAUAUACAGACUACACAGAGAUGGCCUUCAGCAUGGGUUCAGGGCCUAACCCUGCAGCGCCUGCCAUGCACGCUGCCCAAAGAUCAUCAAUGGAGCAGGAAACAGGCUUGGUCUUUCCCUCAGAAAAGUCCUAUUCAUCUCCUGCCCAGAAGCAAAGCAGCAGGCUGGCCAGAGACAGGGUUGACAGGGGCGACCAACUGGGACGGAGACGCCACCGCUCUGAGACCUUCAUCAUGACUCCUCCCUCUCUCCCCUUCCACCUAUCCUCCUCAGGCUCCUUGUUCUUGGAGAUUGCCCAGGCAGCAUCGUCUCAUUGGCACGGAGGGCUGGAGGGGGGUUCACCGUGGGAGAAUGCACAGACAGCUAUGUCUCAAUGUGCCAUUCCUGCUGCACCCGCAGCCCAGGCUUCAUCCUCUGGGUCUGCUGAACAAGGCCUUAACUAUAUUGAUCUGGACCUGGCCAUUAAGGACAGCUCUCAGACUGGACUGGAGGGGGGAGCCACCGUCCCCCACAAUGUCUUCACAUCCAUCCACAGUGGGGUAGUUGGGGGAGGCAUGACUGGUUUGGGGAACAACCCUGGCUAUGCCAGUAUUGAUUUCUGCAAAUCAGAGGAGUUGAGAGCACAUCAUCAGAGCAGCAGGAAAGAUGUAAAAGAAUGUUAAUGAUACAUCUUCAUGUGGACAUUACUCCUGGGAUUGAGCAGCACUGUCCAACACUCCUCAUUCUAACCAUGGUGGGGUUGGUGGGCAACAGGAUGUUUCUCACUGGAAGAGGAGUAACAGAGGUGAAGAUAUACCCAUCAAAUCAUCAUUACGGUAACUAUUUGUCAUCCUAUCCAGUUGUUGCUAUCCAAUACUAAUGUGUGCCAAAAAACUGCUGGUUAUAACCAACACGACAUGGUUAUUUGAGGUAGAAAAAUCUAGCCAAUCAAGAGUGAUUACAGCAACUCCAACCAACAACAAGGAUCUAAUGAUAUUUUGUUUAUUUUUCCUAAACAUAAACUUCAUGGAAAUUGUUAUAAAAAUGUGAAAUAGUAUAAAGGUGCAUUCAGAAAACAAUAUAGUAUACAUAUGUUGAUGAAAGCUACAAAAAUAUAGAAAUAUAUAUAUUAUACUUUUUAAAAAGUGCCUAAUUUUUGAGUGUAGCCAUUUUUACACAGGGAAUGUUGAACAGGUCUGUUAGAAGGGAAAAUAUGUUGGUCUUGAAUAUAAUUUUGUUAAGAAUAUUGUGAAUACUGUAUGUUGAAAAUGUAAUAUAAAGUUAUAUAGUAAGAAUAAUCAAACUGCCUUACCGUGUUUGUGAAAGUACUUAAAGAAUAGCCUCUUUUUACUUUAUGCUGUGCCUCAUGCUUCAGUCACAACGAAGGCUCUCGUUCCCUCACUUUCCUGCCUGAACCCUACCAGCUGGAUCUCAGCCAACAACCAAUGCUGCAUAAAGACACACACACACACACACACACACACACACACACACACACACACACA